AUGUCUUUAAUUACUAGUACCACAGAGCCGUUCACCACUCUUUACCACAGAGAACCAUUGCAUGCGUCUGACAAUCCUCCUUUGUUGGUUUUCAUUCCGGGAAAUCCGGGUCUCAUCGAUUACUAUACCACGUACCUCGAUUUAGUGGCCAAACAACAUCGUCACUUUGAAAUAUUGGCUAUCAGUCAUGCUGGGUACCAGACGUCUGAUGAUUUUGAGAAGAUCACAGAAUCUGAGGUGUUUGAUUUGGAUUACCAGGUGAAUCACAAGUGCAGAGUGAUCAAGGACCAUAUCCUUGCCACUCGUGGGGAGAAAAAAGUGGAAGUCUCCUUCUUGUGUCAUUCAAUGGGUGCAUACAUCAUGCAGCGUGUGGCAAAGAGACUAGUGUAUGAUGCAGACUUCAAUCGUUUGGUUGAUAUCAAGUUUGUUGGCCUCAUCUGCCCUACGCUUGUGGACAUUGCCAAGUCCCUCCUGGGCCAAUACUUCACCACGCUUUUCAAUUGGCUUCCUUUGGUUCACGUUGCGGUAUACUUUAUCAUUCUCUUGCAAUGGGUGUUACCAAACCUGGUAGCUGAAUCGAUUAUCAGAAAGAAGAUAAUUGCCAAGCCCGCUCUCAGCGAUAAGGACCUGGUUGAAUCAUGGAACAAUGCUGUCACCGCAACAAUGAAGAUCUAUAAGUCAACUAAAAUCGUUCGCCAGACUAUCACUAUGGCCAAAGAGGAACUCAACAAGAUUCAUCGCGAUGACGAAUUCAAUGACUGGUUUUUCAAUGAGUUACCUGCAACUGGGGCGCAAAUCUGGAGCUUCUUUGCUCCUUUUGAUUACUGGGUCCAUGAUAAUUCCCGUGAUUAUAUUUUGACUAGAUAUCAUGAUGCACUGAACCCACAUGUUCGGUUCGUUAUUGGCGACGCCGAUACUGAAGAAAAGAAGGCCAUUAACCACAGUUUCUGCAUUGACCAAAGUGUUGAGUUCGCAGAAAUCACUUGUGCGGCAUUGUCAAAAAGCUAG